AUGCGUCUCUCCUUACUCGUCUUCUUGCCAGUCUGUGCGGCCUCAAUCACCUCAACAGGCUCAACUAUUGUCUUGAAUAAUGUUCCAUACUACAUAAGCCCUCACUCCGUAGGCAGUAUCGCCCUUGAGAUCCAUGCGCUUGACAGCAUCGACUGCGUCUUUGGUUUCGCUCCGGUCUCCGUUCUGCCUCCAGGAACACAGCCAGAUGACAUCUCCAGGGUCUUUACAUCCUGGAACGCUACCGAUGAUGUGUUUCAGCCAGGAUUUUCACAGCUGAUGCUCAACGAAACACAAAGCUUGAAUAACUCAACCACGCAAAAAGUGGAAGUCACUGGCCAAGGCACUUCGACAGUGGCCAGCUAUAUGGCAGAAUCCAGAGUGUCCGAGGGGCCGUACUUUUUAGAUAAGACAACCGGCAAUCUACACCAGGCCUACCGACUCUACGACGAUUUUGCCGGAGCCUUUACUGAGGCAUUGCUGGAUAACAAUGACGGCACUUUCCAAGUCUUGUCGGCCAAGGUUGCCGGCUCAGCCACAUCGUCCAUCGGUGUGCCCUCGCGAUUGUACUACAAGCCGUCAAAGGAGAAGCCACUUGCUGGCGUCCGCAUUGCCGUCAAAGACAUAUUCUCGCUUGCGGGCGUCAAACGGUCCAACGGCAACAGGGCAUGGCUCAUCGAGGCGGGGGCUGUCAUUGUGGGCACGCAGAAGCUGUCUCAGUUCGCGACAAGCGAGGUCGCUACGGUUGAUUGGGUCGAUUACCACUCACCCUUCAACCCCCGAGGCGACGGCUACCAGGAUCCGUCCGAGUCGAGCUCCGGCGCCGGUGCGUCUGUGGCAUCGUACGACUGGCUCGACGUCGCCGUGGGCACAGACACGGGCGGCAGCAUACGAAGUCCUGCAGGCGUCAGUGGCGUCUUUGGAAACAGAGCCUCACAUGGUCUUGUCAGCUUAGACCAUGUCAUGCCCCUCUCCGAGCCCUUGGAUACCGUCGGUUUCCUUGUUCGGGAUCCCGCACUAUGGGAGAAGCUGCAGACCGUCAUGUACGGGUCCAAUUACACCUCCUUGGCCAGCUUGCAGCCAAAGUACCCUGUCAACAUCAUGACAGUGGCGUACCCAGACUCCAGCACCGAGGCAGGCAGGCUUCUCAACAAUUUUGCAGUGACGCUGGCCAAGUUCCUAGGCGGCAAUGUGAGUACUUUGGAUGUAGCCAGUGCCUGGACCAGAAGCAAGACGGACCCCUUUGCCAAUCUCAACUUUACCGAGUCGUUCAACAUCACCUACCCAGUACUUACAGGCAAGGGCCAAAACAACUUAACCAAUCAGUUCUUCGCCGACUACGCAAGUCUUCAUGAUGGCCGUCGACCAUUCGUCAACCCAUCCCCACUCGCGCGCUGGGCAUGGGCUGCCAACUACUCGUGGGAUGAAGCAUUGCAUAACAAGACCAUGUUUGCAGACUGGUUCAUGGUCAAAUUCUGCCUCCAGCCAGCGACCCCCUUCAAUGCUCCUCUUCCCUCAUCCUAUAUCCCGGCAAGACAGGCACACAGUCUCCGAGAAACCGGAGAAGUGUCGAAGUUCAGUAAUUUGACUAAUCAUGAUGAAAAGCUGCCUGUUGCAGUGGGUAUUCUAGCUGCAAAGGGCUGUGACGGACUACUCGCUCGGCUGGCGAUGGAUCUGGUGGAUGAAGGUAUCCUGAAGAUUCCGCAAGUUGGUAGCAGCAUAAGUGGUGGACCAAUUCUUUUUUAG